AUGCAGCUGGAUGUGAUUCUUCUGGCACUUCUGACUUCUGUGGGUUGCACAUGGGCUUGGCGUCCCAAAGAAUACCGACAGAACUCAGAGCCAGGACAAAAGCCAUGCAUAUUUCCCACCGUUCAUCGGCGCACGGCAAUGUACGAAUGUCAAAACUCGCUAGUUUCCGUUCCGACCGAGCCUUUUCAAUUGGCACCAAAUCAACAAAAUCGUGGAAUAUGGUGGUGUUCACUCACAGACAAUUUCGAUCACUAUCCUGAAUGGCGUAUUUGUCCAGAAACGCCAACUACCUACGGCGGAAACCAGCCUGGACGUGACUGCCAUUUUCCGUUUAUUCAUCAGAAGCGGAUUUAUCACACAUGUAUACGUGAGGGUGGAGAGUUGCGUUUUCAGCGACCAGAUGAUCCUGUUCCCGUGGAUGAUGGAAGAAGUGGUUACUGGUGGUGCGCCACUACUCCCAAUUUUGACAAGGAUCGCUUUUGGACCAGAUGUCGAUCUCAACAUGCCCACCAACUUCCGUGCCAUUUCACCAAGCACACCGUUAAAGUGGGUGGACUUGUGCAAGACGUGGACCACGAGUGCCAGCCUUUUGCUGGUCAUUGGGUUUGUCACACAGAGCUCAACCAGUUACGCGAAUGCCCAAGUGCAUUGGUGGGUGGUCCUUCGAGCUCAUUGACAGAAGGUGGCAACGAUCCCGGGUUCCAAUGUCACUUUCCAUUCCAAGCCACGCUACCCCUUUUAACAGCGGACUUUCAUUGGGUUGGGACAGCGCGGCGUCGCAAUAUCACGACAUGUUUACCAGGGCUAACUACAUCCAGUGGGCUUGAAUCAAUCUACCCACCAUGGAUCGGGUACUGGUGUGCCACGACAAGCAACUUCGAUGAGGAUAAACUGUGGACCAGGUGUACACAUCCGCAAGAGUCUGGCCAGUCGAAUAGUCUGAAACACCUGGCAAAUCACAGGCUGUCUGAGAUAUGGACACACCUGACUUGGCUUCGCUGGAUUUCGCCGGACGAACACCGUAACUUCAACCUGCCCGGACAGGCCUAUAGUGUAGAAUUCAAGCGAGUUCUAAGUGAAGUGGAAAAACUGAGAUCCAAGUGGGAUUUUACCAGCAACCCACAAUGCGAUGAGGAACUACAGUGGUGGGCAUGGUUAGCUCCGUUUUGGUGGACAAAAUAUCAGUCAAAUCAGACUACAUGGCCCGUAGCACAUGCAUCUACAGAGACCAUCAAUUCUGAGGUUGAUUCAGGCAUAAACCCUCUUUCCCGAGGAUUUCAACUUCCCCGUUGGGUUCAGGCGUGGAACAGUGCAGGCUGGCUUCGAUUCGGAAAAGGUUUAAAUGAGCGAUGGACAGAACUUAAAUAUCUCGUACAAAAGCGUUGGGACAAAGCCUGGACUAUUGCAUUUCUCUCGGGAGUCCUUUGUGCCACUGGUUUUAUCGUAGCCUUACUACUGAUGUUGCUAGCAUUUAUUGACAGAUUUAAACGCAGACAGCUGGUCCGCAUAUUUUGCAGACGAUCUGUGAUUAAAGAACCUACACUAGGAAGUGUACAUGAAGUUGAAGGUGAUGAAUACAAUCUAUAUGCUCCAUUGUCUAAAUAUCCGCCAGGCUAUUUGCACAAUGCCUCAAGGACUUCAGAUUGUAUCCAGACAAAUGUCAGCCCUCCCGUCGACACCGCAGAGAUGUGUAAUCCAUCAAAAUUGUUUCCUCCCAAUCAUCCUCUCACAAAUUGUGAUUAUUUUACUGAUGCAUUUCACUCACAGAAAGACUCAGUGAUUGACUAUAAUCAACCUGAACUGAUAUUGCCCAAACUAAACUCAACCGUGUUAUCGAUCUCCAAUGGAUCGACUGUCCGUAAAAAGCAGUCAGAUAUUGCUGACAUGUACCAAUAUCCUUAUGUUUGUUGCUCUAGCUCAAACGUAAUUUGCCCGUGUCGAAAACAACAGAAUCGGCUUAUUGUGAAUCUGCUGAUUGCUUUGACGCGAAAACCAGGUGAUGAUGACCAGUCGGACAAAUCGAACAUCUUGCAACAGUUUCUUCCCUUGUUGAGCAACUGCCAACUGGCCAAUCAAAAUUGCGUUUGCCCUGUCUCAGAUUCGUCGGAAAAUAGGCGACCUACCACCCAAUUUUGUACUUUCGGUCAUGCACAAUGUUUUGAACGCCCAAGGGUGGAGCCCAGUGCCCCACCACCAAGUUAUGAUCAGCUAGAUCCCUGA